CUGGCAUCCCUGGACUCGGCUUGUUUGGAGAGCGGAAGCGGCUUUUUUGUAGCCAAAAAGAGGAGGAGCGUAGUCCUGUGAGGAUUGUUUAGAAAUGGUUUUUAUUUUGUAACCACGAUUGCAAUAAUAAUAAAAAAAACACACAGUACAAGGCAAAGCAGAACCGGGGAGAGCUAUUUAUCAACAUGACACUGUGUUUUCUUUCCGGUGAAGAAGUUGAGUUGAUGGUGGCGAGGGGAUGAGCCGAUUAGAGCUGGUGUCAGCCGGGUCAGGAGACACAAGCAAAUCCGAAGAGAAAUACUGUGUGUCUAAAUAUUUACUGUGCAGGACUUAACGCGCUGACCAGUGUGGGAAGUGUACACCGCGCCGCAGAAGAAGAAGUUUUCAGAACCUCCUCACGACUAGGAGGGCGAGCGACGCCAAGUUCAAGGCGAGAGGACCCAGCCGGCCCUGAUCAUGGUGCAGAAGUACCAGUCUCCCGUUCGGGUGUAUAAGCACCCUUUCGAGUUGGUCAUGGUGGCAUACGAAAGAAGAUUCCCCACCUGCCCUCUGAUCCCCAUGUUCAUAGACAGCGACACUGUGAGCGAGUUCAAGAGCGAGGACGGGGCCGUGCACGUGAUAGAGAGGCGGUGCAAGCUGGACGUGGACGCGCCCAGGCUGCUAAAGAGGAUUGCUGGGGUGGACUAUGUGUACUUUAUCCAGAAGAACUCCUUGAACAGAAGGGACCGGACCCUGCAGAUAGAGGCCCGCAAUGAAACCUUCUCCAGCAGAGUCAUCAUCAACGAAUUCUGCUGUUACACUGUUCACCCGGAGAAUGAAGACUGGACUUGUUUUGAGCAGUCUGCAAGUCUGGAUAUCAAAUCUUUCUUUGGCUUCGAAAGCACUGUUGAAAAGAUUGCGAUGAAGCAAUACGCUGGCAGUAUUAAAAAGGGCAAAGAGAUCAUUGAGUAUUACCUGAAGGAGCUGGAAGAUGAUGGCGUUGCCUUCAUACCCCGCUGGAGUCCUGCUGUAGCUCCCCCUGCCCAGCCAGAGCGUCCAGUCUCUGCAGCCAUCUCCAUCCCCGCUGCCUGCGCGAAGGAGAGCCACGGCAGCAAGGAGGCCCUCGGGGCCCCUGGGAGCCCGGCAGAGUCCCUCGCUGGCACUCCUGAUGACAAACUGGAUGCAGAUUACAUCAAGCGCUAUCUAGGAGAUCUGACGCCUCUGCAGGAAAGCUGCCUGAUCCGACUGCGGCAGUGGCUGCAGGAGACACACAAGGGCAAGAUUCCAAAGGACGAGCACAUCCUGCGCUUCCUGCGCGCCCGAGACUUCAACAUGGACAAGGCGAGGGAGAGCCUGUGCCAGUCCCUGACCUGGAGGAAGCAGCACCAGGUGGACUACCUGCUGGAGACAUGGAGCUCCCCGCAGGUGCUGCAAGACUAUUACACUGGGGGCUGGCACCAUCACGACAAGGAUGGUCGCCCUCUCUAUGUGCUUCGUCUGGGACAGAUGGAUACCAAGGGACUAGUCCGGGCACUUGGGGAGGAGUCUCUGCUUCGACAUGUCUUGUCAAUCAAUGAAGAAGGGCUGAGACGAUGCGAGGAAAAUACAAAAGUCUUCGGACGACCAAUAAGCUCCUGGACCUGCCUUGUGGACCUGGAAGGCCUCAAUAUGAGGCACCUGUGGCGGCCAGGAGUGAAGGCACUGCUGCGGAUCAUCGAGGUGGUGGAAGCAAACUACCCCGAGACCCUGGGGCUCCUCCUCAUUCUCCGAGCACCGAGGGUCUUCCCUGUCCUCUGGACGCUGGUCAGUCCGUUCAUCGAUGAAAACACUCGCAAGAAGUUCCUCAUCUACGCAGGAAAUGACUACCAGGGUCCGGGAGGGCUGGUCGAUUACAUUGACAAAGAGGUCAUUCCUGACUUCCUGGGAGGAGAAUGUGUGUGUGAAGUUCCAGAAGGGGGCGUGGUUCCCAAGGCUCUGUACCGGACAGCUGAGGAGCUGGAGACAGAAGAUAUCCGCCUCUGGACCGACACCAUCUACCACUCCGGCAGUGUCUUCAAGGGGUCUCCACAUGAGCUGCUGAUAGAAAUCAUUGACGCCUCCUCUGUGAUCACCUGGGAUUUCGAUGUGUGCAAAGGAGACAUCGUGUUUAACAUCUUCCACUCAAAGAGGGCCCCCCAGCCCCCCAAGAAGGACACACUGGGUGCCCACAGCAUCACCUCCCCAGGGGGCAACAAUGUGCAGCUCAUAGACAAGUCCUGGCAGCUGGGGCUCGACUACAGCAUGGUGGAGUCGCCUCUGAUCUGUAAGGAGGGGGAGAGCGUGCAGGGCUCCCACGUGACCAGGUGGCCUGGCUUCUACAUCCUGCAGUGGAAGUUUCACAACAUGCCUGCCUGCGCCACCACCAGCCUGCCCCGUGUGGACGACGUGCUGGCCACGCUGCAGGUCUCAUCGCACAAGUGCAAAGUCAUGUACUACACAGAGGUGCUGGGCUCUGAAGACUUCCGGGGCUCCAUGACCAGUCUGGAGUCGAGCCACAGUGGCUUCUCCCAGCUCAGUGCUGCCACCACCUCCUCCAGCCAGUCCUACUGCAGCUCCAUGAUUUCCAGGUAGCUCAGCCUCCACUACCUCCUCCAACCUGGCCAACUUCAGCUCCAUGAUUUCCAGGUAGUGCAGCCUCCACCACCUCCUCCAGCCUUUCCUACUGCAGCUCCAUGAUUUCCAGGUAGUGCAGCCUCCACCACCUCCUCCAGCCUUUCCUACUGCAGCUCCAUGAUUUCCAGGUAGUGCAGCCACCACCACCUCCUCCAGCCAGUCCCACUGCAGCUCCAUGAUUUCCAGGUAGUGCAGCCUCCACUACCUCCUCCAGCCUUUCCUACUGCAGCUCCAUGAUUUCCAGGUAGUGCAGCCACCACCACCUCCUCCAGCCAGUCCUACUGCAGCUCCAUGAUUUCCAGGUAGUGCAGCCUCCACUACCUCCUCCAGCCUUUCCUACUGCAGCUCCAUGAUUUCCAGGUAGUGCAGCCACCACCACCUCCUCCAGCCAGUCCCACUGCAGCUCCAUGAUUUCCAGGUAGUGCUGUCACCUCCUCAUCCACCAGCCUGUGCAAUGCCACAGAGGAGGACCCUUUGAAACAGAUGAGAGCUGGUACAUUGAAAGCCGAUUGUUGGACAGCUGGCUGCCUCAGUAACGAGUCGAUGACGUCACGUCAACAAGGGAGUCUAGGUCAAGU